AUGAUUCUCAGCGGUAUGGGCAACCCAUUAGGCUACAACGGUUAUGGCUGUUGGUGUGGUAAAGGUAAUCGCGGUGAUCUUGUCGUCGAUGAAACAGAUCGUUGUUGUCAAAUCCAUGAUAGAUGUUGGGAAGCUGUUGAGAUCAACCAUGGCUGUGAUCCAUUCUGGAGAAUUUAUGAUUACAAGACAUUGGCUAAUCACACAAUUCAAUGUACCGAUCCAAUAAAAACAUGUGAUUAUCACAGUUGUCAAUGCGACAAAGCUGCUGUUGAAUGUUUUGCUCGUCAUCGAAAUACAAGCUAUGAUUCAGACUUUGACAAUUGGAAAGGUCUUUGUACUACAGCUACCAGAUCACCAGAAAACGAUCCUGAAACAUGUCCACCAGUAUGGGAUGCCAGUGAAAAAUAUACUUCUGGUAGUUUAGUGAGCAUUCAUGGAAUCGUAUAUCAGUCGCUAUAUACGAGCAGUCCAGGCCAAAAUCCUUUGAAUAACCUGGCUACAUCACACUAUCAUGGAAUUAUGGCAACUUGGAAGAAGUUAAACGAAUGUCGACGAACGAUAUAG